GCGCACACACGUCCCAGAAUUUUUGGGUCGAUAACGCAUAAAUUGAAAUUCCUUUCUUUUUUAAGUUGAAUAUAAAACUAUUUUUCAUACUACUUGGAAUGCCACUGUGCUCCUCAUGCAUUAAACAUGCACAAAUAUAAAGGACUUGUAUUGAUAGUGCUCCUUAUCAACAGUAUUAAGGCUGACAUUCCAGGAUGCGAUUAUUUUGAUACAGUAAAAUUAUUGUCAAGCCAAAAGCUGGCAAAUGGAUCGUAUCAAUAUGAGAACAUCAUUAUUCCCCCAGAACAAACUGGGGAAUAUGAUUACGAGAUUCUUCAGGGUGGAGACAGAGAGGAAGUAGAAAAACAUCUACGUGGAUGUGCCUGUCACUUGGGCACCUGCAUAAGAUUCUGUUGCCAGAAGAAUGCUCUGCUCGUGGAUGAUGAACGUAAGUGCAGCGAAGAUAUUACAGAAGAGUUGCAAUACGAUCCCAUGGUGAACAUAACGCUAAACAAUGGCACAGUGGUCAGAAGACAUGUACUUAAUGAGUUCAUAGUUCAGCAUGAUUUGCCAGUCCCCUGCAGUGCUCACUUUCAUCUGGAUGCUUUGAAUGAAGCCAACGCAGGCUGGACAUUGUUUGAGAAUGGAACUCUAUUGAGGCACUAUGGUUUGGUUAGUCUCAGCAAGCAGGAUUAUUGUCUGCAACCUCAUCAAAUUUUCAAUCCUCUCACAAAUGGUACGAUUUUAACCCUGGUCCCGCAUAAUUGCUUCGACAAGCAGCCAAGUGAACUGAUUUAUAAUCUACUUCGGUUUCUUUCGAUCAUCUUUUUGGUAUUGACUAUUUGUGUUUAUCUUUUCUUUGAUAAACUUCGAAAUCUGCAUGGAUUGUGUUUCGUAAAUUAUAUGAUUUGCAUCAGUGUGGCAUUCGCUGGGCUGUUGCUCGAAAAGCAUCUCAGGUCGCUUAUGUUACAAAUCUGUCAAUUGAAUGGUUAUUUUGGAUACUUCGCUGUUAUGGCGGGAUUCAACUGGUUAACAAUCAUCAGCUAUGAUUUAUGGGCCAGCUUCAAGGGCAACAAUUACAAUGUUCAACGCAACGCUGUGAAGUUGCAGUUUUGCAAAUACAAUAAGUAUGCCUGGGGAGUUGCAGCGCUUCUAACCCUAAUCAUAAUGAUACUGGAUGGCGUUUUAAGUACAGAAGACAACAGAUAUUUGGCUGUUCUACCAGGAGUUGCACUCUACUCUUGUUGGGUUAACGUUGAUGGCUGGUCUGCGAUGAUAUACUACUUUGGAAUCAUUACCCUGCAGCUCAUCUUUAACUUAAUCAUGUUUACACUGACGGCCAUUCGUAUUGUGCAAUUGAAGAAGGAAUUGAUAGGCCAAACGUUACCCGAGGAUCGUGCGAAACACGUCUAUUUAAAUAAACAAACGUUUGGCAUGUUCGUACGUCUGUUCGUCCUCAUGGGAAUUGUGUGGUUCUUUGAAAUUUUCUCAUAUUUGUCGACCAAUCAUGCAUCGAACGCAUUCUUCUCGUUCUUUGACUACAUCAAUUGCGCCCAGGGAAUCAUAAUCUUUAUUCUCUUUGUCCUCAAGCGAAGUGUGUUGAAACUUAUCUGGAAUCGGUGUCGUGGAAUUCAAUCAACAAAUGAUGAUUAUGCUUCCGAAGAAGGAAUCGCGUUGCAAGAUAGAAAUGGCGAUUCCAAGAAAAUUGGUCCGAAUAUAUUGACAUAAAUUAUGCAUGAGGAAUUGUCAAUCUCUUUAAGUUCUUUCCCGAAAUUUAAAUGCAUUUAAUAAGCUGAAUUAUGAAUUCGAAACAGUGAUCGAACCAGCAGCUAAUCAAGUUAAUCAUACUAAUAUUUGAAUUGUAGCACAGUGCAUGUUAAUACUUUUCAGGGAAACCGAAAACAUUCUCAAUUGCUAAUCUCGGAGAUAAUUAAUGCUGUAAUAAGUAAUUAAUAUUAAUAAUACUUUUUUAUGUUGUAUCAAAGCAAGCAUUCAAAUGCAUUAAAAGAAAGCCAUUAACAAUUUGUGAUUCCUU